AUGGCCAACAUCUGGACAGCCGCAGCAGGCGACUUUGAGCGGGUCAAGCAGCUCGUCGAGGCCGGAACCUCGCCGAACGCCCUCGACGAGAACUCGUACUCACCCUUGCAUGCGGCCGCGAGCUGGGGACAGUCCGACAUCCUGCGGUACCUCGUCGAGAAGGGAGGCGACAUCAACCUGACCGACAGCGACGGCGAGACGCCUCUCUUCGUUGUCGAGACUGUCGGGAUGGCGAAGCUUGUGGUCGAGCUUGGAGGAGACCCGAAGGUGAAGAACGAGGAGGGCUUGACUCCCGCAGCAUCACUGCAAGAAGACUACCCCCACAUCGCUCUGUACCUCCGCACCCUAACCGGCGAGACUGGCCCUUCCUCCUCCACCGACUCCUCCUCCGCCCUCGCCUCCUCCACCUCUUCCCAGCCCGACCUCGACGCCCCAACAAACGAACUCAUGUCCGCCGUCCGAGGGAUCAUGGAGCGUUCCGAGCGGGGCGAGAUCACCGAAGCCGAGACGGACGAGUUGUUGCGCGAGGUGGUGGAGCGGACCGUGGCCGGACAAGUUGAGACUGGACGAGCGAUUGGGGAGCAGAUGUUGGUGGACGAGGAGCAGGGCGAUGCGGGACGGACGAGGCAGAGGACGGCGGAUGAGCUGGCGCAGGGACCGACGGGUGGUGGGAAGCGGUCGCGUGAGGACAGGGACGACAUUGGUCGAUGA